GGGAACGAAAGCCCGCGUUUUUACAAAUUUUGUUCGCGGACAUUUAGAAGUUUAGCUUUUUAUUACUAAAAAAAUACUAAACCCUUGCGUGCCUUUUACGCCAAAGAAAGUCAGAAAAUAUGGGCUAGACGUGCUUUACUGUGGUAUUUAUAGACGUGAUUAGUUUUUAGCCAUUGAAUAAAGUAAUAAAACGCUGUGUCCAGCACUCUCGUUAAUCCAAAAUGGCGACGCUAAAGCUUGUCAGGAAAACAAACACUAAAGGAAAAGAAAACAAGCCGGACUCAACAAAAAGCAAAACCCUAUUAGGAUAUUUCGCUAAGGGAAAUGGCAUUGCGCCUUUGAAUCCCAUUGUUGCACCAAAAGUUUGCAACAAUACUGGCCUCCAUCGCCCGGUUGCACAUAUCCCGCCAUUCACCAGCAGUGUGGCUGCUCAAGGAAAGGCGCCCAUUAAAUCUGUGUCAGCUCUUUCCUGGCCAGGAACAGACCAAUCAGAGAUCAUGGAUUCUGAUGACGACUUUGAUUUUGAUACUACAUCCCCUCUGCCAAAAAAGAGAAAAUUUGAAAAUGGACAAAGUCUCAAACCUACGGUGGAGAUGAAUGCUGCCUCAGCUGUCUCCCCAUCUCAAGGCAAGUGUACGGAUACUUCAAACACAGCCCCAUCACUGGAUGCUUUGAAGGAUGAUAGUUUGGUGGAAGAUGAGGUCAAUUGGACUUUUGGGUUUGGAAUUAGUGAUAACUUGGAUGACCAGCCUGAAGAAAAUCACCCAAAUCACCCUGCCAGUCCUGACAAUGAUGCUGGCAAGCCUAUCGAGGAUCACACUGGAAAUGAUGGUGAUGAUGAGAAUCAUGAUAAAUGCCAUCAUAACGAUGUCGCAGAUGAUGCCUAUGAUGACAUCCCUCCGGAUAGCCCAGUAUGGGAGGAUUAUGAGCUGUUUGUGUCUCCAGAGCCACGUUCUCCUUUGGACCAAGGAGAGACACAUGAAGACGACCUUGCAUUCAUAGAUAUUCAAGUUCCUAGUUCUGUUAGACCACCUGGUAGCGAGGACGAGAACUCACCCAAGAAGAUAUCUACACGGGUUCUGAAGAACCAGCUCGAAGCAGUUCAAAAGCGCCUUCUCCAAAUCGAGCAAGAAAGGGCCAGACUGCUGUCCAAGGUAUCUAAUAUCAGGACAAUGUUACGAGAGCGUGGAGAAAUGGUGCCAAUACAAGAUAGCAGAGACGAUGGCUUCCAAGUUGACUCCACACUCGCUGCGCAACCCUUUCACAGCACAAGCACACCUUUAGUGUCCACUAAUCGCCAUAACCAAGGCCGAGACUCCCUCCAAGGAAAAACCCCAUCCACAGGGAUCCCCUCAUUCGCACCUGCCACGCCCACCAUGAAAUCACCUCCCUGCGGCGAUGGGUUCUUCGACGCUAGCACAAUCCCUCCAAUUGGUUACAAAUCAGGGCAAAGUUUUUCAAGCUUCCAUUCGACGGGUACUCCGGCAUUCACUGACAUUGAUAACCAUGGCACCUCUUGGAAUUCUAGGAAUAACUCGUUUCCAAAAACUUCUCGGUCAUCGUUGACAAGUGAAAAUCUGGUCACUCCUUUGUCCAGGAUAAAUGAUCCUAGUACAGGAAUUAGUUGCAGCUCCGUCCCUGGGGCAUCUUUGGAUGGAUUUUCAUUGGACAGUGAUGAUGACGAUGACCUUGUAGUCCUAACAGGACCGAGCAAGGGUUCUACAAGACCGUCAUCAGUGCUCCAGUCAUCUUCACUGAAACCACUCAAUACCUCGACAACGAGGCCUGCUUCGAGUGGCUAUACGAACGGUCUGAACUUUUCGUCGAGCGGUCGGAAUGGAGGAAUGUCUAGCUCACAGCAAACGUUGUUUGGGACUCAAAGCAAACCAGCGCCACGUCACAAGUCGUCGGUGCCAAACGAUGGUGAUGACGCCGAGUUGCGUCGCACCGAUUACCCACAUUCUAAGGACAUGUGGAAGAUCCUUCGUGAUGUGUUCUGCAUCAGGAGCCUCCGGACGAACCAGCUGCAAGUCAUCAAUGCCGCCAUGAUGAGAAAGAACUGCUUUGUGCUGAUGCCCACAGGCGGGGGCAAGAGUCUGUGUUAUCAGGUGACAGCCCUGAUGAAUCGUGGUGUGACGUUUGUGAUCUCACCGCUCAAGUCUCUGAUCCAGGAUCAGGUUCAGCGGCUCAACUCCAUGCGGGUCCCCGCGACCCACCUAUCAGGUGACGUCACUAGCGCUGAAGCUAAUCGCCACGUGAGCUCUGUCUACCAAGACCUGUCGCUAAGGCAACCAAGCCUCAAGCUGGUCUACAUCACCCCGGAGAAGCUGUCAGCUAGCGGCAAGCUGCACUCAGUACUCAAGAGUCUGCACAACAGGGGCUUGCUCGACAGGUUUGUGAUCGAUGAAGCCCAUUGCAUCAGCCAGUGGGGUCACGACUUCCGGCCGGAUUACAAGAAGCUGUCGGAUGUGAAGAACAAGUACCCGGGAGUUCCCGUGAUGGCGCUUACGGCAACGGCCACGCCCCGGGUGCGACAGGAUAUAGAAAAUCAGCUCAAAAUGAACGGGGACAACUGCAAACGGUUCACACAGAGCUUCAAUCGGUCCAACCUGCAGUUCCAGGUCAAGCCAAAAAAGAAAGCGAUCGUGGAGGAGAUCACUGAAUUCAUAAAAUCCAAAUACCCUCACGCCUCAGGCAUCGUCUACUGUCUUUCAAGAAAAGAGUGUGAACGAGUGGCGGACUGCCUCAGUACGUCUGGCAUACGAGCCGUCCCUUACCACGCGGGACUGGAUGACGAGAAGCGGGUCAAGACCCAAGAGAUCUGGAUCCAAGGGCGUGUGCAGGUGGUGUGUGCCACGAUAGCGUUCGGCAUGGGUAUAGACAAGGGCGACGUUCGUUACGUGAUCCACUACUCCAUGCCUAAGUCCCUUGAGGGCUACUACCAGGAGUGCGGGCGAGCGGGCAGGGAUGGCAAGAAGGCCGAGUGCAUCCUGUACUAUUCCUACGGUGACAUGCACAGGAUAAGAAGAAUGAUCGAGGGGGACAAAGCGACAAAGGACGUACAUAUGGAUAACCUGUACCGCGUUGUCCAGUUUAGUGAGAACUCCACUGAGUGCCGACGAGUACAGCUGCUUCAUUACUUUGGCGAGACAGAUUUUAACAGAUCCAUGUGUCAAGCGGACCCGCAAACCGUAUGCGAUAAUUGCCAGAACGCGGUGAGUCACACAAACCGAGACAUCAUGGCCGAGGCCAAGGCUUUUGUGCGCACCGUCAACCGAGUCGUUCACGACAACAACAGCCAGUGGCAACGACCCAAGAACGUCAAGUUCCCGCUCAAUCACUUUGUGGAUAUCUUCAAGGGCUCUACUAACGCCCGAGUGACCCAGGAAGGUCACGACACGUGUGCGCUGUACGGCAUGGGAAGGGACUUCCACCGGAACGACGCGGAGCGCCUAGCGCGCAUGCUCGUUAUGAAGGACGUACUAAGAGAGAAGAUGGUCACGGGCUUCCACGACAAUGUGUUGUGUUACGCUGUGCUGGGGCCGAACGGCAUGGCGCUUGUCAACGAUCGAUUUAAGCUGGACCCAUUUCCGGUCCGAAGUGAAAGACCUAAAAGCACAGGUGGUAAGACCAGUAAGCGCAAGAGAAAGACAGGUGCUAAUGAAGACGCCCAGGUUGAUACUACUGACCAGGGCAGCUUCCUGGACGAUGAUGGCCAGUCUCCUUACUGGCAGGCAGGAGCUGCUUCAACCGCAGGAAGGAAAAGUGCCAGGACGUCUGCCAGAUCGAAACCAUCUUCAUCUACGAGUGGGUUAUCCAAAUUCCAGUACAAGAAUAAAAGGCCUCGAGGCGGAGUAAGGAGAGGUGGCAAUACUUCCGGUGGUAGUACUUCCGGUUCACGGCCUGCCCUUGGACUGAUGGCUCCCCCAAGACCAAACACGCGGUUUUAAAGGGGCCAGCUUACCCUAUCCGUGAAACAUCUCGUCAAGGUCAAGUACAAAAUUUAAAGGGACCAGCACAGCCUAUCCGUAAAACAUCUCGUCAAGACCAAAACACGUUAUUUUAGAGGGACCAGCACAGCCUAUCCGUGAAACAUCUCGUCAAGACCAAAACACGCGAUAGUAAAGGGACCAGCACAGCCUAUCCGUGAAACAUCUCGUCCAGACCAAAACACGCUAUUUUAAAGGGACAAGCACAGCCUAUCCGUAAUACAUCUCGUCCAGACCAAAACACGCUGUUUUAAAGGGGCCAGCACAGUCUAUCCGUGAAACAUCUCGUCAAGGUCAAGUUCCAAUUUUAAAGGGACCAGCACAGCCUAUCCGUGAAACAUCUCGUCCAGACCAAAACACGCGGUUUUAAAGGGGCCAGCACAGUCUAUCCGUUAAACAUCUCGUCAAAACCAAACACACGAUUUUAAAGGAAACAGCACAGCCUAUCCGUAAUACAUCUCGUCAAGACCAAAACACGCGAUUUUAAAGGGACCAGCACAGCCUAUCCGUAAUACAUCUCGUCCAGACGAAAACACCUUUGUUAUUGUUCUUAUCCAAAAUUUGUCAAAAUUUCAAAAUAUUCAAGUGAAAGCAAAGGCUUAUACGCUAUUUGUCAAUUUCGAUCGAAAUUAUCGCAAUGGCUUCCCCAAAUCAGCCGAUGAAAAUGGGUGCUUUCUCGCACGUGGUAUUUUGCUAGAGAAUGACGAAAUGGCGGUUGACAGACUCUUCCUGUCCUGCCUAUGAUUCGUGGAUACAUGCAAAUACAUAAAAGAGAUAUUUUACAAAUGUUUAUAUUGUUUGGUUUUAUACUCUCUUGCUGUCUCACCCAUGCGUUUUAAUUAUGAACUUUUAUAUAACACAUAGUUAUCAAAUAAAUGCGCAAUGUUGUGUCUGAA